GGACGCCUCGGGCUCCAGGCCCGCAGUGUAGCCGCAGCGCCGGCCCCGCCCCCGCCCGCUCCGCCCUGCAGGCCGGCCGCAGCCCGGAGCGGAUCCCGCCCGCCCGCCCGCGGCCACCAAGCCAGGUGAGCGCGCCUGUCCCUGUCCCGCACGCGCCCCGGGACAGCUCGCUCGCGGAUUUCUACCCUGGUGGCAGAGUGAGGCACUCAGGAGGCUGCAGCGACCCCGGUCCUUGCUGCUGCUCCCCAGCACCCCUUUCGGCUCCCUGGAGCCCUCCCUACCUUGUGCUGGUCGGUUGGUUGGCUGCUGCUUCCAGCGAGGGAGCCGCAAAGAAGCCGAGCUGGGUUUCCCUGGGGACCAGUGGCUUGGCCUAGCCCCACACCCACAGCCCCCUCCUGGCCACAACUCAUGCUAGAAGGCGGGCUGGACCCUCCAGGACACUGGCCUUCCGUGCCCUGCUGACCAAGGCCCAGUAGUCUCUCUCCAUUGCUGGGCUGGGAGCAAGGAGCAGUGACUCCCAUGGAAAGAGGUCCUAAAGCUGUCUAGCUGGCAUGGCAGCUCUAGCGUCUCUGAGGGCCACAGGGGGUCCAGUCCUGCAGGGCACAUCCUAGACCUUGGACAGCUGGACAGCCUGCCAUCGUGCUCCCACCAGCCAGGCCAGAUCCCAGGCCACCGUUCACCAUGGGCGGCUGCUUCUCCAAGCCCAAGCCAGUGGAGCUCAAGAUUGAAGUGGUGCUGCCAGAGAAAGAGCGGGGCAAGGAGGAGCUGUCAGCCAGCGGAAAGGGCAGCCCCCGGGGUUACCAGGGCAACGGCACAGCACGCCACUUCCAUGCUGAAGAGCGGCUGCCCACCCCACAACCCUAUCCCAGCCCUCAGGACUGUGUGGAGGCUACUGUCUGCCAUGUCAAGGACCUCGAGAAUGGCCAGAUGCGGGAAGUGGAGCUGGGCUGGGGAAAGGUGUUGCUGGUGAAGGACAAUGGGGAAUUCCAUGCCCUGGGCCAUAAGUGUCCUCACUAUGGAGCGCCCCUGGUGAAAGGUGUACUGUCCCGGGGACGUGUGCGCUGCCCCUGGCAUGGUGCCUGCUUCAACAUUAGUACUGGGGACCUAGAGGACUUCCCAGGCCUGGACAGCCUGCAUAAGUUCCAGGUGAAGAUUGAGAAGGAGAAGGUGACCAUUCGGGCAAGCAAGCAGGCCCUGCAGCUACAGCGGAGGACAAAGGUGAUGGCCAAGUGUAUCUCUCCAAGUGCUGGCCACAGCAGUAGCACCAACGUGCUCAUAGUGGGUGCAGGUGCUGCUGGCCUAGUGUGUGCAGAAACACUGAGGCAGGAGGGCUUCUCAGACCGGAUUGUCCUUUGCACACUGGAUCGACAUCUGCCCUAUGACCGGGCCAAGCUCAGCAAGUCCCUGGAUGCACAACCCGAACAGCUGGCCCUGAGACCCAAGGAAUUCUUCCGGGCCUAUGGCAUUGAGAUGCUCACUGAGGCUCAGGUAGUCACAGUGGACGUGAGAAAUAAGAAGGUUGUGUUCAAGGAUGGCUUCAAGCUAGAGUACAGCAAGCUGCUGCUGGCACCAGGAAGUAGCCCUAAGACCCUGACCUGCAAAGGGAAAGAUGUAGAGAAUGUGUUCACCAUUCGCACGCCCGAGGAUGCCAACCGCGUGCUGCGGCUCGCCCGGGGCCGCAAUGCUGUUGUUGUGGGAGCAGGCUUUCUGGGAAUGGAGGUUGCUGCUUAUCUGACUGAGAAAGCCCACUCAGUAUCCGUGGUAGAGCUGGAGGAGACACCCUUCCGGAGGUUCCUGGGGGAACGUGUUGGUCGUGCACUUAUGAAGAUGUUUGAAAACAACCGGGUGAAGUUCUAUAUGCAGACAGAGGUGUCAGAGUUGCGGGCUCAAGAGGGCAAGCUGCAGGAGGUGGUGCUGAAGAGCAGCAAAGUCCUGCGAGCAGAUGUCUGCGUGUUAGGCAUUGGUGCGGUGCCUGCCACAGGCUUCCUGAGGCAGAGUGGCAUUGGUCUGGAUUCCCGAGGUUUCAUCCCAGUCAACAAGAUGAUGCAGACCAACGUCCCAGGAGUGUUUGCUGCAGGUGAUGCUGUCACCUUUCCUCUUGCCUGGAGGAACAAUCGGAAAGUGAACAUCCCACACUGGCAGAUGGCUCACGCCCAGGGGCGGGUAGCAGCUCAGAACAUGCUGGCACAGGAGGCUGAGAUCAACACGGUACCCUAUCUGUGGACUGCCAUGUUCGGCAAAAGCCUUCGCUAUGCUGUUCACAUGGGCGCCCUCCCACAGGCUACGGAGAAGGCUUCGAUGAUGUCAUCAUUCAGGGGGAUCUGGAGGAGCUGAAGUUUGUGGCUUUUUAUACCAAGUGAGAGCAAUGGGGUGCGAUGGGAGCAUGGAGCAGUGGGAGUGCUGUUGGGAAUCGAUAGUGUUAGCAAAGCAGCAGGGGCUAAAAGACAAGUGAAUGGCCGCGUGGGGGUGCUGGGCAGGAGAUGAGGAGGAAGCAACAACAGUCCUCCCGUGCAUCAAACAAUACUGUGUCUUCUGGAUAUUUCUUUGAGGUAAGUGUUGACACUGAGGCAGGUAGGUGUCUACAACAAGGAAAGACAAACUGGUGUAGACAAGCUGAUGCUAAGGCUGGGCCCAUCCCUGCGCUGUGCCAAGGGUUUCUUUGGGCAGCUGACAGUGCUGGGACCAAAUGGAGGGCUGGGUGCUCAAGACAUCUUGUUUCCCUGGACAAGAGCCUUCCCGGCAUCCCAGGUGGACCAGAAGGUGUUAGGAUCUCAAGAAGGACCACUGCUGCUAGUGGUCUCAGGCUGGGGCUCCUUCUCUCCAUAGAAGUGACGAAGUGAUUGCUGUGGCCAGCAUGAACUACGAUCCCAUCGUAUCCAAGGUGGCUGAGGUGCUAGCCUCAGGUCGAGCCAUCCGGAAGCGGGAGGUGGAGUGAGUGCGGGUGUGGGAGACUGUAGGGUGUGUGUGGGUAUCCUGGAUAGGAUCUAUUAAAGCUACCAUGGCAGCCUGUUGCCCGCUCAGUCCUAUAGAGCUCUUCUCCUCACUUUCAGUUCCCAUGGUUCCUGGGUGAGAUGAGGGUGAAUUUGGUUUAGAAGUUGACAGGAUAUGAUUACAAAGAACCGGGUGUGUGGCCCAGAGAGGAGCCAAUGUUGGGGAGUGGGGGGUGGAGGCAAUGUGAUUUGUGCUAAGCUUGGCAGAACUUAGGUGGAGAAACAUAGUAGGUGAUGCCCCCAGAUAUGCCAUCCACAGAGAAGUGGGGUGGUUACAUGACAUCUGGGAAGCAGUGGACAUGAGCCAUUACCAUCAUCCCAGCACAGUGCCAGUGAGUCCCCAGUAGCUUAACCUGUGUACAGAGAACUUCCCAGGACCAGAGACAGGCCAGAGGUGACUGAUGGCUAUGUGUCGGGGUAAAUCCUAGAGUGGAAGACUCAGAGUGGAUCUGAUAAAUGAUAUACUUUCUUUGGCCUUCUGUUUUUCCCUCUUGCCUUCGAAAAGGUUGUUUAUGCUACACAGCAAGUACGUGCAUUGUUUCUUGUUGACUGUUCUCAGCCUUUCUUCCCCAGCCCAAUGACUGAACCCUCCCACCUUGCCCAAGUCCAUUACCUACGGGGCUUUGACACAGAUCAGUCUCUGCUGCUGUAUUCAAGAAUCAUUGGCUCAUGGUGCCUAGAGUGGGGAACCUGUCCUCUUCUGCCCUGACCCAUCCUCCUCUCAUUCCUGCAGAACCGGUGACAUGUCUUGGCUCACAGGAAAAGGAUCCUGAGCUCUCCUGUGGUGGACUUGGGCAGGCCUCUGGGGUACCAAGGUCAGAGACCAAGUCCUGGGGCAAGUGCCAACUCCAAUUUCCCAGGAUCCCUCACUGUGGAAUCUGAGUCCUCCAAGGCUUGCCUUGACCUGUCUGCCUCGCCUCCAGCCAGGCUACCACAGCCUCCAGAAGAUGGUCCAUUCCUAAUGCCUCAGCUGUCACUGACAGCUGGGUGUAGAGGCAGGACAGGCUCUGCCUUGGUUUCCUCUACUAGGACGAUUUUCCCAGCAAGCCCCUUCAACAUUACCUUAAAAUUAAAACGCAUGUCUCAGCA